CAUUACGCCUUUUCUUUCUGCAGGUCCAUUAAAAAAAUCCCAGCAAAGAAAUAAUCACAACUUGAAAAGCAAUAUGUAAAUUAGUUGAUCAAUUGAAUUGAUUUUGAUAUCGCCGAACAGUGAGGAAAAUUUUUCUCUCUAACGAGUCUCCAUGUCUUCUUGGCAGAGAAAGGCCUUUUCUCGAUGAUUGAUUUUGCCUAUAUUAUGAUCCUGACAGGCCCGCUUGCUGAAAUAGGACUUUUAAAAAACAUGGUGUUGCAAUGUGUAUAUAUCUAUUGUCACAAUGGACUUUCCCUAAACACAAAAGAGGGGCAAUUUCUUAUCCGCUAGAAACGAUCAUUGUGGAAAACAAUAGGAAAACUGCAGAAGACAUGGGGAUUUAAUAUAUGGGCUGUCAGCCUUGUAUUUAUAAGUAUUUACUAGUCAGCUGAGAAGAGUUCCACUCCGGCGUUAGUUUGAAUGAUUGACAACCCUCUUACCGGUGAAGAUGAUACUGUUGGCGUUUUUUGGACACUGCCAAAAGACAGAACAAUCUUUGAGAUAAUACAUGGAUAAGCAGGGAUUAUAUAAGCAGGGAUUAUAUAGCUAGGAAGCAGGUGGCGAAUUUCACUUGUUACAACGAGAUAUGGAAAGAAAAAGGAAUAGUAGAUGCUUCAAAUGCAGAGGAACGAACAUUGAGAAACUGAAAUCUUUUGACUUGAGCUUGCAGACAUGAUUGACAAGCGACCACAGAGUAGUAGAGGAGGCCGUGUGAGGUCAGCAGGAGCGAGUCGGAGGGGUCCACCCAAAAUGGGCAAAACUAAAAUGACAAAUGGCACCACCAAGCCAGCAAUCAAUAAGGACCCGCUUGCCAUUCCAAGACCGCAUGUCCCAGAAAAACAGAGCCUGAAAUCACAGCCCAGACCUCCGGAUGUGUCACUGGAAUCUCCCCCUAACCCCGAAUUACAGCGAAUUCUGAAGGAAAACCCGGACAUUCCUCCUGCUACAAGAGACUUCUUUGAUUUCAUGGUGGAGCGCAGGUAUGACCAGGUUAAAAAGAUGCUCAAAGAGAGGCUGGUUGACGUCAACUCUCGUGAUACUGACAACCGUCUGCUCCCAACUCCUCUACUUAUUGCUACUGAACUCAACGAUGUGGAACUUGUGAAGUUGCUACUGAAAGCUAAACCCAAACCUGCCAAUGUAAAUGAUGAAAACAUCAAAGGAAGAAGACCCAUUUGGUGGGCAGCCAGAUGGGCCAAUGAGGAAAUUACAGAUCUACUGCUGAACAGCAGUAAACAGAAAUGCGAGGUCAACUUUGUUGACAAAGAGACAGGAUGCGCUCCCCUUUACAGAGCCAUUCUGUCUAAUGCUGCCAAUAUAGUCCAGCUCCUGAUUCAUGCCGGGGCGGACAUAAACCUCAGGAUCAUGGGUCUGAAUGUUGGUGCUGAAACACCUCUCAUCAAAGCAAUUCAAAAGGAUAACAGGGAAAUCUGCGAGUUGCUCAUAAACUCUCUGUGCAAACUACAGGCCAAAACCACUAGUGGACUGAAUGCUUUACAUUAUGCUGUGGCAUACAGACGGUAUGAAAUUUGUGAACUCCUGCUGGAAAACGGAAUCAAAAUUAAUUCUAAAACGCCAUCAGGAGUGACGGCCAUGGCUGUGGCGGUGGAACAACAAAUUCCAGCCAUGGUGAAACUGCUGUUGGAUUAUGGGUACCGAAUCGACAAGAGGUAUAAAUGGAAAGAGACUCCUCUCCAGCAUGCCAUAAGCAUUCAUUCUGAGGAAUGUGCAGUGACAUUGAUACACUAUGGUUGUAGUAUAGUACCUGAAGGAAAAUGGAAAGGACCAUCCUAUUUCUUUAUGGCUGUGAAUGAAAAACAAAUGAAAGUUGUAAGAUUCAUGGUGGCUAUAAAACCAACUUUACUCAAUGAAAAAUGGCUUCAAAAGAAAAAGUGGCCAGUUUCCAUAUAUAGAAGGCCUGAUAUUGUAGAAUGGCUUGAGAAAAAAUGUCAGAAAGUGCAAUCUUUAAAGGAACUUAGUCGCGGCCGUAUAUUUCAGUAUUUAGGUAAAUUUGGCAUCAAGAAAAUAGAUAGUCUCCAAUUACCAGAUGCAAUGAAAGAAUACCUUAGAUACAAUGAAUUCAUCAAAGAAAAAUAUUAUGUACGCAAAAAGUUAGAUUUAAAGUGUUGUCCCUUCGAGUGCCCGUCCUACUGUGCAAACAAGCGAUGUUUACCUAUAGAGAUUUCUUCGUCCGAAGAAGACAGUGAAGCAAGUUCGUCAGAGGAAGAGACCUCAGACAGGGGAAACUACUGCAAGAUCUGCAUGAUAAAACAUCCCUCUGAUAUGACUGACAACCUUCAUCAUCAGCCUAUUGGUUAUAGUGGCAGGAAGUGACAUCACUUAGCAACCAGAGUGCAAAUCAAUUAUAAGUCUUUUUCUGAAAAAAUACGGUCUUUUAUUUUUUAUAUAAUAUAUUAUUGCAUGGUUAAGUUGUAUCUUUAAUGUAUUUGUGUAUUACGGUAUACAGUAUGUGCAAUAUUUCAUUAUUCUUGUGUCAAAUCAGGCAAAGCAACUCACAUUAAACACUUUUCCAUUGUACACUUUACCAUUGCAUGUAAUUUAAAUUUUCUUUUAAUUUUAGAGCAGAGAUUCAUUUGCUCUUUUUGAUGUUUUUUUACCUAUUGUAUUAUCUUAUUUUCCUUAAUUGUUAAUUCAUACAUUAGGUAUAUGGUUUUUCAACUGGUACAAUUACUCACUUUUAAUCUUGUAAUAAACUUAACUUUGCAUUUUGCUUUUGAACUCUUGUUGUAUAAGACGAGUUACACAAAAUUAUGUCUAUAAAAUCUGUUAAAAAAAUAUGCUACACAAUGGGAUUCAAAUAAAAAAAAUCACUGCAAAUUAUCUUGUUUAUGAUAUAAUUCACAUGAACAUACAGGUGACUUUUACAUGUACUUUAUUUUUAUCA